CUCACUGAUUCCUGCUACUUCCCCCGGGCCCCGGAUACCGGAUGCCUGUGGGCACGCAAGCUGAGUUGAUCAGUGACGCGCGCUCACACCGGCGGCAGGCAGCUCCAUUCUGUGUGCCGGGCAUGGAAGCACGCCCGGAUUCCCACCGAAUCCAUGUCCAUGGACAGCACAAAGCAACAACUCUAUGUCUCUAUAAAUGGGGUGGGCCGAUCUUCGUGCCACUUCCGUCCCCAAAAACACCUCCGUUUCUGCACUGAUCACCUCAGCUGUUCUUGUUCUUGUUCGUGCUCUUCCUGCUAGUGCUACUCUACUGGUCACCGCGAUGUCGGGCCUGAUCGAUAUUUGGACGCUGGAGCGGGAGAGGAUGGUUCGGGCCGGCGGCGCGCCGGCGGCGUUCAGCUCCGUGGCGUCGCUCGGCGCGAGCGCGCGGCGAGCGUUGAUGGCUCGGUCUGGAUCUGAUGGGGGCAGCAGCGGCGCCCAGAGGCCCUGCUGCGGUGAUGGGGUUCGAGCGCUCGGUGGUGUCGCGGUCAUGGACGCUGCCGAGAGCGAGAAGCAGGCUGCUGCUGCUGGCGGUAGCGCGCCGGCGCUCGUCCGGGAAGACGCUUUCCUGUCCAUCCUAGUCGAUUGCUUCGGCCAGUAGUAGAUCUUUUGAACAUAGGUACCAAAGCUGUAAUCAUAGAUAGAUAUAUAGUAGUUGUCAUCAAGUGGUUCUUGUAAUGUCCCGAAACAUCAAGUGAUGUUUGUGUGUUUCUGAAAGUCACUGGUAGAAAGGCCUGAUCGAUGCCUCAGAUCAAGAUCGUUUUCAUGUGCUAGAAAGUUCAGAAACAACAGACAAGAUAUAUAGAUAAGAUCCGAAUUCCAAAGUGGAAGCGGCCGCGAGCUGUAAACUCGUCAACAUCACUCAGCUACAGACGGAUAUUUGAUCUCAGAUACUUGUCAAAUAUCUUCACACACUUGGAGAGAUAUUUCACCUCUUAGGCUCCUAGCUUCCAAAGUAGAUCUCUUGCGUGCAACCUUUUUUCCUGGUUCAACAUCUGUCAGGAACUCAGAGAUGACACUUGACGCACGACGGAAGAGAAGAUAUUGAGUUUGAUCGGCGAUAGUCAGGCUAUUCUCUGAACUUUUUUUUUAUAAGGAUUCUCUGAACUUCAUUAUC